UGUAGGCGUAGGAAGAGGGUGGAAAAGGGGUGAGAGCGUUUUCCAGCUAACGGAUCGAUAUGGAACACGAGAGUGCGCGAAGAAGACCAACCACAUAGUAGUCGUUGGUGUCGUAGUCGUUGUGUUUGUCUGUGACGGUCAUCGAAAAGUACUCAACAUCGUAGUAGUAGUAAUAGUAAUAGUAAUCGUAGUAAUACUAUCAACGUGUACCCUUGUGCUACCGGGAGUGCCGGCAAAGAAGACGUAAAGUGUUCCAGUCGUCUUUCCUAUUGAGGAACAUAGGUCUAAAAAAAUUAACAUUGAAAUAUUACUCAGAGGGAAAAGUGGAGGAGACAUCGUGCAGAAGAGGACGACAUGUCCGCGAUGUCGCGGGGUCCGCCCCGCGCUCGCGGACCCACGCGGAUCAAGAGGACGACGCCUCUUCCUGGAGGACUCGCCAAUAAUACUAUCAACCAGAUUCCAUUCGUCCUUCUGGUUAUCCUGCUUAGUAUACUCGCGCCCUCCGUCGUUGCUGAGAAAAGCAAAGAAUAUCAGAUAAGCGAUAUUUGUAAAAGGAAUUUCAUGCAAGAUCUCUAUAGAAAAAUAGAUGGUGCCGUUUUAACGUCUAAACAUGAACGAGAUCUCGAUUGUGCCAUCACCUUUCAAACGCACAGCAUCCUUCAGCGUUUCAUGCUACGAUUCGACCAACUUCAAUUGGAUUGUAACGAUCAUCUUUACAUUUACGAUGGCGCACAUGCGGUUGGCAGUUACAAGGCUGACCUGUCCUGCAGAAACACGAAGCACAGCGUUGGUGCGAUUUAUACGCGUACGAACUUCGUGACGUUGAAAUACGUCACCGACGCCUGGGGCACCAACAUGAAUGGCUUCCGGCUCGUCAUCACUGCCGUCAAGGAUCCCAAGCACACCUGCAAGGAUUUUCGCUGUACUCAAAAUGAAUUCUGCAUCGAAACGGAUCUACUUUGUGACGGUGUGAAUCAUUGCGGCGAUGGUUCCGACGAAACACCCUCCACUCUCUGUGCCAACUCCGAGGCAUCGACGAUCCUGGGUAUGCAGACGACCUGGUUCGCGGUUGCCUUCGUUUUCCUGCUCUUGAGUAUGGUUGGUCUGGUUACGGCGGCAGUUCUCUGCUUUUGUAGACAGCGAGCCUCGACCCCGAGGCACCCCCAUAAUGCGCACAAUGCUCAAACUCACCCCCCUGUCAGCUUCCCAUGGAUUCGAAGCUCGUGGAGGUGCGCUCGAUACGUGCUUAUCCAUCGUGAGGUUUCCCUCGGCAAAGAGCAGCACGUUUCGCGGCGGACAGUUUCGUCGCGAAGCUUGAACGACGACGUCCUCGUGGAGAAUAAGAGAGACGAACCGAAGAAGAGGACCAUUUACAGAGGUGGAUACACUGGUGGAAUCUUCUUCUCCAGUCUGAAAGGACUUCCAAGGCCAAUGAGAUCGUCGAAGAUGUCACAGGAGAAUACUAGAUUUAAUCUUAGCGAGCUAGUGCUCGCCGUUUUCCUCUUGUUUAUCGUCGUAAAGAAUCCGACGAUCGGAGCUAUCGAGGUUAAUCAGAUUGUGGUUGGCAACGUUGACAAUGAUAUAAGCAAGGAUUACUUUAUCGGUCCAUGUUUGGUUAAUACCAAUCAAACUUGUCCCGACGACGAGGUGACAUUCUUUUUAUACACUCGUGAUAAUCCAUUUAAGGGACAGAGAAUCGUUGUUACCGAGACGGAUUCGAAUCUCGACGUAACCUAUUUUAAUUCGUCUAAUCCAACGAAGAUAAUAGUUCACGGUUACAAUUCCGAUAUGCAAAUGAGCAGUCUGGUCGAAGUCAAGGAUGAAUAUCUCAAGAAAGGAGAAUAUAAUUUAAUCGCAAUUGAUUGGAAUAGGUUAGCCGUAGGACCGUGUUAUCCAAUCGCUGUUUACAACGUUCCACACGUUGGUCAAUGUUUAGCACAAUUGAUAAGAAGACUCGAGUUUCACGGUGCUAAGGAUCUACAUGUCAUUGGAUUCAGUUUGGGCGCACACGUACCAGCAUUUUCCGCUAAUUAUCUUAAACCGUAUAAAUUGGAGAGGAUAACCGGGCUCGAUCCAGCCAUGCCACUUUUCGUAGCUGUUGAUAACGAUGAAAAACUCGAUUCUAGCGAUGCCAAUUUCGUUGAUGUUUAUCAUACCAACGCCUUUAUCCAAGGGAAGCUCGAACCAAGCGGUCAUAUAGAUUUCUAUAUGAACGGUGGUGUUAAUCAACCAGGAUGUUGGGAAAAUAGAAAUCCAUUUGGAUGUAAUCAUCAUCGAUCGGCCGAAUAUUUCGCCGAAUCUAUUAACUCCGAUAAAGGUUUCUGGGGAUGGCCGUGUCCUGGCUUUUUACCGUAUUUAUUGGGUCUUUGUCCACCGAGAUAUCCGGCUGUUUUAGCUGGCGACAAAGUUGAUCGAAGAUACAAGGGAUUUCAUCUAGUUAGAACUAAAUCUCAAAGUCCUUAUGCCGAAGGAAUGUUUUUAGUUAGUCCCGAAGACGUACCUUACAUGGUUAAUCGUAAAUCCUUAACUUAAGUAUUUUUAUUAUUUCUAAAUUUUAAUUAUAAAUCUUUAAGUAUUUUAUUAAAAUACUUUAAGAUUAAUGUACAAUCUGUUCAAAUAUUAAACCGUGUCAAAUUUUCUUUUCUUUUA